GUUCGGCUUUGGGUGCAGCCGCUUUGUGAAUUUGUUUUUGUUUUAAUUAAAGUAAUAGUGAGUGAUAACGGUGUAACACUUUUUGUAAAAUGAUAUAACCACCGUGCAAUGUCUUUUACACAGCGUGAUUACGUGCAGUGUUUGUGAAAAGCAGUCGCUUCCGCCAUGACGAUGGCUCUCUUGGUCGGGAAGUAUUCCAUGAUUCCUGUAUACGUUUUGUGUAUCGCGCUCUGCUAUCCUGUUUCGGGUGAGCCCGACCCAGCCCGCCACAUACAGAACGUAACAGCCACGGGGGAGUAUGGAAAAGACGCUAUCCUCACAUGUCUUAUCAACAAGCUCGAGGAACCGGACGUCCAAUGGAUCAUCGAGGGGAAAACUGAACCGAUAAUCUAUGAAGUGACUGAAGCGACUACUGCUGUGGCUCCUGUUACUGGGGACGUCAAUGAAACUGCAGACGCAAGUGAUGCGACAACUGCAGUACCAUCUACUACGGUUUCUGACGGAGGGAUCCUCGGUGUAAAUUAUACGAUAACUACUGCGAACAUGAGCGCAGUAACAACCACAGAGCCAACUACUACGGUUUCUGACGAAGGACCUACACCAACGGCAGUAAAAUACACAACCGAGAUCAAAAACCAGACUUACAUCCUAAAAAUCGCGAACGCCACAGAGGAUGACGCCAGGAACUACACUUGCAUAGUGCAAGGGGAAGCCAGGACUGAAUACCUGAAUCUAAGCUUCGCUGGGAAACCGGUCGCCAUGAAAUCUGACCCUAAGGCGGAUGCUAAUAAUAUUGUGCAGUUUAAUUUGCCGGCGGAUAAGAAUAAGACGCUGACGCUCACUUGCGAGUUCGAGGUCUAUGACCAAACUGAGAUCGAAUGGAUAUUACAAAGAUACAACGAAGAAGACAUCCUUUUAAAUGGAACCACAACCAAAAACAUGAAAAAGCUCAUCAGCACUUACAGUACGCAGAUAUCAAAAGAAACAUUCGAUAUCCAGAAUGGCACGCAUAUCUGUCGAGUUUGGGAUUCCCAUGGAUACAAAAAUCUAACCAGUAAAAUACACGUUAAAAUUGUCGCCCAUCCCGUUGUCACGAUCACUUUUGCUAAACCAGUCAGCUCGUCAGCAAUUUAUUUAAACUGGACGGUAAAACAAUACAAUUCUGACAUUAAAAGAUACGAAUUGAGAUACAAAAAUACUACGGAAAAUGACUACCACUUCAGUCCGACUUCCAUUAACAAAACAGCGAAUUUCUAUGUUCUCAAUGGAUUAGCGAAGAACACAACAUAUGAAUUGAAAUUGAAGGUGGAAACUGGAGCUGGGAGUAAUCACGAUGAGGUGUCAAAUUUGACGACAUUGCCGAAAGACCCUGACUUCGUCCCUAAUAUUUCUAUCAACGGGUUCACGGCACGUUCGAUGACUAUUGGUUUGAGUGCGCCGCCUACAGACGUUGCGGAGUAUGUACAUUAUUACCAGCUUGAAGUGUGGAAGAAGAAUGAUAAGAACAAUACAACGGAGAACGCAGUUCACAUUAGGGAUGAGAGGAACUUGCCUACAUGUUCAAUAACUCUUGAUCCUCAUACAACCUACGUGUUUAGGGUAAAGCGAAAGCAUGUUUCGAAUACGGUGGCAACUACAACUGCUGCGGGAACUGGUCUAAGGAAAUGGAAGCGAUUGACUAUGGAUGGGAUACCAAAUGAGCCUAAUAACUCUGUCAUAUACUGCGACUUUUCUGUGGAGCAGGGAUAUAUGAAUCUCACUUGGGAGCAACCUACUAGGCCCAAUGCUGAGAUUAAAGGGUAUAUGAUGGAGGUGACAGGCAACGCGACUUAUAUCGACCGAUUUGGCAAAAUGAAGAUGGACACUUUCGGACCGCUAACCAAGCUGUUCACAAACGAGACUUUUCUUGCCAGGGUGCCAGACUUGAAACCUAACAUGAACUACACUGUCCGACUUAUGGCCAUGACGCGAUCCCGUCGCCGAGGUCAGGAGAAGGUGGUCUACUGCACCACGGGCCGAGGCCCACCCGACUUCCCACCGAGACCGAGCUGGCGCAAGGUUGAAGAGAAAAAGGGGGAUACUUCCGAAUAUUCUCUCAGAGUACGAGUUCCCCGGAUCCCAGAGAGAAAUGGACCUAUCUGCUGUUACAGGGUGUACCUCGUGCGUCUACCGAAAGGCAAGGGCUGGAUCUCCACCAACCCUCAAGAUCUCCCGGUCAUCACGUGGGCCGAUGCGCACGCCGCAAACUCAGAUUACGAGGAGGGCGCUUACGUCACCGAUAUAUUCAACCACGAAAACUUCCCUAAAGUGGAACUUAUACUCGGUGACAACUUAAGCGAAAGCAUAACGCGUCCAGAAGGCAACAACACGUGCAUCCGUUGUUUCGAGCGGCCACUGCGGAAAGAACCCCCUACCACUGCGAAGAUUGCAAUUGUCACCGCUGUUGAUGAACCCGAUUAUGAUGAGAAGACGACGGAAGCACCGAAGACUAAGAGAUCUUUGGAUAUCAGGGAAGACCAGUUAAUCGCACCUACAGAUGGGAAAUUGGAUCCUUCAGUGAAUUAUACACUCUUCGUUGAAUUAAUACCGGGAACCGACGAUCCAUCUCUAUACAGCAGUUACACCAAUGCUCUGAACACGGCCAUACCACCGCAGAUUAUCGCUGCUAAUAACAUGGAAACGGCAUUACAGAUCUGCUGCGGGGUAGCUGCUCUACUUCUAUUGGCUACAAUAAUCUUCUGUGUCGUUCAUACACGUCGUGCGCGUAAGCAGCCGCUACGUCACGCGCAUGUCGAGCUCAACCCUAUACAGGCUGCACUAAGAUAUGUGGUGGGUCACAUCGGUGGUCGCACACCGCUAGUGUCCGCCCCACCUCCGGACAUGCCACCCAUCGCACUAGAAGAUCUUGCUGCUGCCUAUGCAGAGCGACAGGCUGAUUCGGAUUACGGUUUCCAAAAGGAAUUCGAGCUGCUACAAAUGCUCCCCGAAUGCUACCCGGACCGCACGACACACGCUUCCGAAGCGCGCGAAAACCAACCCAAGAAUCGCUAUCCAGACAUCAAGGCGUACGACCAAACGAGAGUCAAGCUCUCACAGAUAGAUGGCAUCACUGGCUCCGACUAUAUCAACGCCAACUAUGUCAUGGGAUACAAGAUGGCAUCACUGGCUCCGACUAUAUCAACGCCAACUAUGUCAUGGGAUACAAGGUUAGUACCAGAACAUAUCGAAAAACCAGGCCGGGUGAGGGUCAAGCUCUCACAGAUAGAUGGCAUCACUGGCUCCGACUAUAUCAACGCCAACUAUGUCAUGGGAUACAAGUUAAAAGAGUAUGAGAAGGAAAAGGUGGAAUCUGAAGGGUAUUGGGAUAAUGAACAAGUGUCGGAAACCGGAGAGUAUAACCAUCGGGAACACAAGCAGUUCAUUUGCGCGCAAGGCCCAACGGACACGACAGUGAAUGACUUCUGGCGAAUGAUAUGGGAACACGGACUAGAGCUGAUUGUGAUGUUGACCAAUUUGGAGGAGUAUAGCAAGGUGAAAUGCUCAAAAUACUGGCCGGAUGAGGACCGCGGCUCGCGAGCCUUCGGCGCCAUCACGGUACAUCACGUCUCAGAGAAACGAUACUCUGAUUAUAUAGUGAGGGAGUUGAAAAUCGUAAAGCAAGCCACCAACUCCGAGGGCCAACCGAUCGUGGAAAACAACGGCGUAGCCAAAAGAAACGGAGAUUGCAAAGACCCAGAAAGUGGGAGCGCGCCCACAUCCCCACGGGAAGUAAAGGACAACAACACACGCAUUGUGCGACAGUACCACUUCCUUAUGUGGAAGGACUUUGCUGCGCCUGAGCAUCCGCAGUCCAUACUCAAGUUCAUCAAGCGUAUGAACGAAGCAUGGUCGCACCUAAUGGGGCGGCCCGUGGUGGUGCACUGCUCCGCCGGCGUCGGCCGCACCGGCACGCUCGUGGCCCUGGACUGUCUGCUCGAGCAGCUGCGUACUACCCGCCGUGCGGCCGUGUUCACUACUGUUGCUGAACUGCGCCGCCAGAGGAACUUCCUCGUGCAGUCGCUGAAACAAUACGUGUUCGUGUACCGAGCGCUAGUCGAAUACGCUCACUACGGUGACACAGAAAUCCCAGCGUCGCGGCUCAAAUCCAGUAUCGACCGGCUGAGGAACACCGGAGGUGCUGACAAGUGCCUCAUGGAACAUGAGUUUGAGAAAAUGAUGAACCCGCCAGUAACAGAGCCGCUAAAGUCCUGCUCAGCGGGCUCGGUGGAAGAAGCGCGGUCCAAGAACCGGAGCCCCGAAUACUUACCCUACGACCGCAACCGCGUCAUACUCGCCCCCGCGCCGCCUUUACAUUACUCUACAUACAUCAACGCUUCAUUCAUUGAAGCGUAUGACAAUUCAGAAGGCUUCAUAAUCACGCAGGACCCUCUGCCCAACACUAUCAUGGACUUCUGGCGGAUGGUGUCCGAACACAACGUCUCCACCAUCGUUAUGUUAAGCGAGUUGGGUGAAGGCAAGUGUCCGCGUUACUGGGACGACGGUACAGCGCAAUACGAACACAUUUCAGUGCAGUAUGAAGAAAGUGAAUCCUGCCCUUACUACACGAGGCGGCAGUUCAGGGUUACUAACAACAAGAGCGGAGACGUGACUGUAGUCCGACAACUUCAAUACCAGGGGUGGCCAACCGCGCCCGGCCACGUGCCCGAAGUGACGCGCGGGCUGGCGGAACUAGCCGACGCGGCGCGCCAGCAAGCCACCACCGAUCCCACUAUGGUGAUGCACUGCCAAUACGGCACAGAGCGAUCAGCGUUAUUCGCGGCGCUGUGCAUACUGAUCGCGCAGCUGCGCAACGAGCGGCGAGUCGACGUGGCCGCCACGGCGCGCAAGGUGCGCUCGCAGCGCGCCGGCACCAUCAACACUUUCCUACAAUACGAAUUCCUCCACCGUGCCAUACUCAACUACGCGGAGCUCCACAAUCUUCUAGAAGACAGUUAAACUAUCUUCCCCGCCUUUAGCGCUAAACGGACUAAUCCCAUGCACGGUAGGCUCUUUACCUGCACUCCCCAAGUGGGCAACGCUCAAACUUUUAUAACGAUACCUAGCCGACAAUCGCUUACGAUAAUAUUGUUAACGCUCUCUAAGUUAAAGCUGAGUUUACAUCAGCAAGUUUUGAGACGCAACUAUCGGUAAGAGUGAAAAUAUCUGCAUCUCUUUCUUGCAUAUACCUAUGUUUCAAAACUUGUAAACUCAGCUUUUGGCACUAGUCCCACCAAAAGCGAGUAAACUACAGCUUGACAAAAGUCUAGAAAUGCAUUUUUUUUAUCAUAGCAACACUCAAAGAAAAGUGUUGAAAUAGUUGCCACAUGCAAAACGGUUUACAUAGACUGUGACGCCCCUAUUAUGUUCCUUUUUUUUUUGCCAGGCUGUAUGAGCUAUCGGCUAUAGAAACGAACAAAAGAUACUCGCUUCCGUGUAAAUAAAAGAGCGAGCGAUUUAUAAGUUGAUCGCUCGAUGGAAAACUAACUCGCGCUAUCAUCGUAUCGCUUAUUUACACGGGAGCGACUUAGGGCCGGUUGCAUCAAACCGUCUGUCACCGUUAAAGCGUUCGUUAAAUUUUAUUGUAUGGGAAGUUCCAUAGACAUCUGCUGCGUGACGAUGAUGUGUCCGGCAAAUGUGGUUGAUGCAACUGGCCCUUAAUCUAUAGCUUUAGCUUUAAGUUUACUCGAUUUUUGACCUGAGCCAGUUGAGUUUCGUCAACGAUUGUCAGUUCCGCUAGGCUUUACGAUAUUUUAUCUGUGGUAUACUCGAGCGUGUGUUUAUUGUUCUGUGGCACUAGUGAUGUGAACGAGUGAGCGAGAGGGAAAUUUGUAGCCUCUUCUUUGUAUUAUGUUCUGGUAGAUAUUCUACGCUUCUUAUGCGUUAAAACAUCACCAUGUUUAAAGGCUGGAGUUAAACAAAGCUAACUUGAUAACGAUUUUGAUAAUCUCCUGAGUUCUAGAAGCAUUUGUUUUCUUUUUGAAUUUAGAACCGUUUGACAAAAGUUUAAAAUAAAAUUGAGAAUACGUACAAAGUUGCGCGUGGUAAGUAAACGUCAUAAUUUAAUUAACGUUAAAAUAACCCUUGCGUGGUCUCUGUUAUCAAAAUCUUUGUUAAUAUGGCUCGGUCUGAAAAAUAUAAUUGCAACUUAUUGACAUGGCAACACUAAAUGUCAUUUUAAUUCGUGUUUUAUGACCAAUAGUGUUGCCAUAUCAAUCUAUUUGUAAACCGAAUUGUGAUUUCUUAUAGCGUGGAUUAAUUUAAUCUCUUUUAAAUAUAUCCAAGAGCAAUGUAUACAUUAUUUAAGAAGUCUUUUAUAUGUAUAAAUUGCAGUGUUCUAGCUUCUUUUUAGGUGCUUUUUCGUCUUUCCAUGACGCUCGACUACGCCUUUUGCUCACGAAUUUAUCUUUAUUUUAAAAACCAUGUUUAUUUCUAUUUUACGUUUAGUCUAUGUACAAAUCAGUGAUCAUAGUUUUUGUAUCUCAGUAUAUGUUUAUAAUGUAGUUAUUAGAUAGGUUAUGAAAAAACUGCUUUUUUUACCGAAUAUUUUGACAUGAUAGUUGACAAUUUUGGAAAUUAAUGAUAAUUUAUUUGUUUUGUUUAAUUAAUAAUUACCAUGAUGGGUAUGCUUAGUUUAUGUACAGUAAUUAUAAAUACUAGGCGAACAGCCUUUAUUUCUUUAGUCUACAAUAGAUACCUGGUCCUGUGCGUUCGACCAUCAAUAUUAAGUUUUUUAUUUAUUAUCAUUUGUUUAACUAUAAUCAAAUGUUGAAAUUUUUGACCCUGGUUAUGGAUCGAUA